AGAUAAUAAAAAAAGAGAGAGAAAGGGUCCAUACGACAAUAUACAAAUAAGGUGUGUGUACAAAUAAGACGAGUAGCCUCCGAUUCAAGCGACUCAGCCUCCUCUUAGACCUCUCUCUCUCUCUCUUUCUUCUUCGUCAAUUCGAUCUACAGAAUUCGAUAAACCCUUGAUCUCACCUCCUACGAAUUUCAUGGCGAUUUCUGUUGUUUCAUGAUUCUGUGCUCAUCCAAUUAAGUUCCAGAAUCCCUCGCGAAUUCUCUCUCUCUCUCUCUGUGUCCCGAGUCAACUGAGAUUCUUAAUUUGAGAAGAUGGUGUUGCCGCUGAUGAAGCUGGGCACCCUCGCGGUCAAAACCAUAAGUAAGCCAUUGGCUAGUCAGCUCAAGCACCAAGCCAAGGUUCAUCCCAAGUUCCGUCAAUUCAUCAUCAACUUCGCUCAGAGAAACCACAGAAUCACGACGCAAAUGCAGAGACGGAUAUAUGGUCAUGCCACUGAUGUGGAGAUUCGUCCUUUGGACGAGGAAAAGGCUGUUCAAGCUGCUGUAGACCUCAUUGGAGAGCUCUUCAUCUUUGCGGUCGGAGGAGGUGUUGUUGUUUUUGAGGUGCAGAGAAGUGCGCGGUCAGAAGCAAGGAAAGAGGAAGCGCGCAAGCAAGAAGUAGAGGUACACAGGAACAGUUUUUGA